AGAAGAGAGAGAGAGCCAGAGAGGGAGGGAGAGACAGUGUGCAGGACAGCGAGUGAGAGCAAAGCGAGCAGGAGAGAGAAGCGCAAGAGAGAGAAUGUAUGGUGUCAGGGUAACGCUUCCUUGCAUGUAUCCAGGGCCUUUGUGAAUACACCAUGGGAUGCAUCGGCUCACGGAGACUCACGGCAGAUGGAGUGCCAGUAAAGGAUGGGGAACAGCUGUCUAUGGAAGACACCACGUCCAUCCUGCCUCGUCUGAAGAGGAACAACUCCAAUAACUAUGGGAUCGGUGCUCUGGCUAAGUCCUCACUGACAGGUGUGUCAGGUGUGAAUCGCUCCAUGAAGGACAAGGUGACCAAGCCUACAUCCAUGGCCCAAGGCCGGAUGGCACACAUGAUCGAGUGGCAGAACUGGGACAUGUCUGUGGUGGGCCCGGGGGGUGUCUCCGUCCCACGCAAGUCCACGGCAGAGCAGGAGAUGGAGAGACGGUUGGAGAGCGACGCCUACAGCGACCUCAGCGAUGGGGAGAAGGAGGCUCGCUUCACCGCAGGUAUCCUGCAGCAGUUUGCCAUCUCCCAGGCAACGCUCAUGGCCUGGACCUCCAUGGAUGGAGAGAGCCUGAGGUCAGGGUCCAACCAGGGCAGUGUGGCCCACCUCAGCGAGGUUAACCAGGAGAGCAUCACCAGCCGAGACCAGAUAUUGCACCACUCUUCUGCGGACAUGUGGCCCAACACCUAUGUCGCCCAGGGCCUCUACUGCCUCUCCUCCUCUGACGCCUGGGAGCCAAUCAGCAACGAGCCCUCCGGAGUGGCCUCUCCCGCUGCUGGCUCCUACGUGAUGCAGCAGGGCGGGACUUCCUGUGAUGGGUAUGAUGGGAACGCGCUGCUGCAGCAGCAGCAGCAGCAGCAGUUCAACCUACAGCAGCAGAGUCAGCUCCAGCAGCUGCAGCAGCUACAACAGAUACAGCACUACCAGCAACAGCAGCUCCUGUAUCAGCAACAACAGUCUCUGGAGCAAAGGCUGCACAGCGCCAACCACUCGUUGCAAGCCACGCCCAACAGCACCAUCCAUAGCCUUGCCCCUGCCACCCACGCCCCAUUGGUGGACCUGUGGGGGGCGGGCCAGACAGGGUCCUAUCACACUGAUAUUGGAGGGUACAACAUAGGCGUGGCAGCGGUGGUGGAGGCGGCUUUGAAUGUUCCGUCUGGGGAUGAGGGGGCGGGGACAGAACAUUCCCCUCUGCUGGAGCAGCAAGAGGAGGAAGAUGAACUGAAGGACGAGGAGGUGACACUCUGCAUGGAGCCGGAGUCUGCCACUCUAACACAGAGAGAUGAAGCCGUCACCUCGGGGGGCAGUAGUCCUGGGCAACGUAGUCCUGGGCAACGUAGUCCGGGGCGCAGUAGUCCAGGGCAACCAGCACAGCAAAUCACAGAGCGGAAGGCCUCUGAUGUCAGCUGUGGAGGCAUCCAGAUUCUGGAGGAGAAGGAAGAGAAGCAAGGGUCUGCUGUUGCUGCCAUGGCAACCAACUGAUCGACAGAUUGCCCUGAGAGACGUGACAGACUGACCCUCAGCGUCAGGAAUGACUGAUCCUAAUAAUGAAAUAUUUAUCAAUAAAUCUGUUCCUUUUCAGGUAUCAAACACAUUUUUGAUGGGAUAUAAACUCUUGUGACCACUGAAGAGCAGAGGAGGAAGAUUUGGAAACGGACUCACGCAGGGACAACAGCUGGUCCAACGGACAACUUUUUUUUGGAAGCCUUACAUUCCCAGAGAGAAGGAGGAGGGAGGGAUGAAUAGAGGGAGGGAGAAAAGACUGAGCGAGAAAAAGGAGGUAUGAGGGGAUGAUAAGAAGAAGAGGAGCAGCUGAGAUUGAGACAUUUGUAUCAGGAAGAGGAAACGGAGGAGGAGGGAAUUGAAACAUGCAUGCUUUUUAAACAAACGACUUUAUCCAGUCAAAGGUCAAGGUCAAAUAUGAUAAUGAUCAUUAAAUCUAUAGUAAUAAAACGUUAUCAUGACAACAAUGAUUUUCUAACAAAGAAAACAAUCAUGACAACACAAAAAUCUAUGUAUAAGUGAAUGAUAAAAGAAUAUAUAUCAAAAUCACUGUUUUUACAACACUAUCUCUCAAUGGGAGAACUACUCUGUUUACAGCUUACACUCAACACAUCAUAUAGAAUAAUAUCAACCCCAUAACUUGAAGAAUAGAAACACUCUAAUGUUAUACCCUCUCCUCUUAUGUCAUUCACAUCUAGCAUCCACAACACUUAUAGACUAACUGCACGAAUACAGAGCAACUUUAGUAGGUGGAGUUCAUCAUAACCCCCUAAAAAUUACACCUAUUCAAUUAUCCCCAAAAAUGAUUUAAAUCCAAAUUGGCUCUCUGCAACCUAACCACUGCAGUGAAAUCUACUUGAACCCUCCUAACACAGUUAGAAAGACAACAAUGUUACUAUGUUGCUGUGUUCUCCAGAUGUCCAAGGCACAUAAAGGCUGCAGGCCUGUCCACCACACACACAGCACUGCACAGUUAAAGGAAUGUACUGUACAGUAAGAUAGUGUGCUUCCUACUCUGUCUUUCCGUAUGUUUCUUCAGAAUACUAUGGAGUACCUGUCCUAUAGUGAACUGUAUAGACUUUGCACUGAACCUAGGACACGGCUGGUGCUGGGCCAGAGAAGACUCAGGGCAUGGAGCUCCUUGUAGUCUGCUUGACUGUGCAUCAUGACUGACAGGUCCGUGUCAUGGAGUGAAUGAUGAAGAGACAGAGCUGUAGUAGUGAAUCCCUUUGCACUGAUGCCAUCCAACAGAUCAGAGGCUGCCUUUGGACUCUGUCACACUUCAAUGUCCUUGAUUACUGUUCAGAAAGAGCUCUUAGCAUCACCAAGAACCAAAACAGAACCACUAGACGAGAUGGAUUCUGAGCUGUUGUUCCAGGUUCCAAACUAGAGAUGGCUGGAGGAAGAGGGAGUGCUCUGGAAUGUUUUGGUACCAACAGAAAGAGGAUUUAGAUGUGCUUCUGUUUUAACCCAGAUUGUUGUUUUGACGUCAGCUCUUGGGGACAAUACCAAGCUUUUCUUUGUGGAGAAAAGAUGAGGAGCAAAUGUUUCUCUGAAAGGUUAGAGCUGUUUGAAUUGGGUGCUGAUUCUUAGAAGGGAAAAAACACAUCUUCAAAAUUGUAACUAAUUAAUGAGGAGCCAAACACAGGUCUCCUAAACGGCUUGUGGCCACGACUGUCAUAUAGAUGUAAAUACUAAUGAGAGAGGAUAUACACCAUCUCUCACAGUCCCCACUGCAACAGUUUCUUUAUUUUCUACACGUCUCAGUCCCAGCUCUUUCCUUUGGGAAUCUUCCUGAGCUCCCAAAUGAAGCGUAUUGCGUUUAGA